ACUGAGGCUGCCGCAGCGACCUGCGGUUCGCCGGUGCACAUUCCACACGCAGACCAAACGUUCUCGCUGUUUCAAAGACCUCCCUCUUUACACCUUUCUUUUUUUUUUUUUUAAGACGCUUUGAACAAUUAUCCAGAAAGACUUACAUAGAAAGGAAAUCAACUUUUAUGGGAAUCUCGAAGGGGAAAGAGAUUAAAUAGGACGUACAUCCGCAGCGAAAGUGCGGCUGAGGUUAGACAGCUGUAUUUCCCCCGUAGCCCUCUUCCUCCCCCCGCCUUCACCGAAGCGGAUGAAAACAAACACUAACGAUGGCGGCGCCGGGAAGCGACCGGCUGUUGGGGUUACGGCAGGAGUGAUCGCUUGAGCUGUGCGGAGACCCCUGAAGAGCUCCGGUCGACGCGAGUGCGACAGCUCGCUCAGUCUUGAGAGCGAAACAGCCAGGGCCUGCGAGCCACGAGCCUUCUGCGGCGUGAGGUAUCUGUCUGCGACCGGUGCUGUCACUGCAGCUCCGGAGCGCGGAACCCUCAGCCAGGAGGCGCAGCUGGCCGGCCCCAGGCCCCGGCCUUCGUAAUGAGAGCCCCGAACCACUCUCUGUGUCGCAGCUUCGCAGGUGAGGGUGACUGUUGACUAGUGAAAAAAGGGACCCAAGGUUCACGACUAUCUUCUUACUGGCAGUGGAACGACCUGUGGAAACCUGCGCUCCAUUCUCAUUAAAUAAAUCUCUGGAUUCCUGUAGGCAAUGGAAACUGAUCUGAAUUCCCAGGACAGAAAGGACCUGGACAAGUUCAUUAAAUUUUUUGCCCUCAAGACUGUUCAAGUGAUUGUCCAGGCUCGACUUGGUGAAAAGAUUUGUACUCGUUCAUCUUCAUCCCCAACGGGUUCAGACUGGUUCAAUUUAGCAAUCAAAGACAUCCCAGAGGUUACACAUGAAGCAAAGAAAGCGCUGGCAGGGCAGCUGCCUGCCGUCGGGAGAUCUAUGUGUGUGGAGAUCUCCCUCAAGACUUCUGAGGGAGAUUCCAUGGAGCUAGAAAUUUGGUGUCUUGAAAUGAAUGAAAAGUGUGAUAAAGAAAUCAAAGUUUCCUACACGGUGUACAACAGACUGUCGCUGCUGCUGAAGUCUCUCCUUGCUAUAACUAGGGUGACACCAGCUUACAGACUCUCCAGAAAACAAGGGCAUGAAUAUGUCAUAUUGUACAGGAUCUAUUUUGGGGAAGUUCAGCUGAAUGGUUUAGGAGAAGGUUUCCAGACAGUUCGUGUUGGGACAGUGGGUACCCCUGUGGGCACCAUCACUCUUUCUUGUGCCUACAGAAUUAACUUGGCAUUCAUGUCCACCAGGCAAUUUGAGAGGACCCCACCUAUCAUGGGGAUUAUCAUUGAUCACUUUGUGGACCGUCCCUAUCCCAGCUCCUCGCCCAUGCACCCCUGUAAUUACAGAACCACUGGUGAGGACACUGGAGUAACAUAUCCUUCUGUGGAAGAUUCUCAAGAAGUGUGUACCACCUCUUUUUCCACCUCCCCUCCGUCCCAGUGUGUGUUUACUGUCACAAAGGCACAUUUUCAGACCCCUACUCCUGUGGUGACGGAUACCCUGAGGGUCCCCAUGGCAGGACUGGCCUUUUCCCAUCAACUCUCAAGCUCUCGCCUUUCCUAUCAGCCUGCUGCCCUGGGCGUUGGAUCAGCUGACCUGGCUUAUCCAGUAGUAUUUGCUGCUGGCUUAAACACUACACACACUCACCAGCUAAUGGUUCCUGGGAAGGAAGGCGGGGUACCCCUUGCUCCCAACCAGCCUGCCCACGGCGCCCAGGCUGAUCAGGAGAGAUUGGCCACCUACACCCCUUCUGACGGGGCCCACUGUGCUGCCACGCCUUCCAGCAGUGAGGAUACCGAAACUGUAUCGAACAGCAGUGAGGGACGGGCCUCUCCCCAUGAUGUCUUGGAGACCAUCUUCGCCCGAAAAGUGGGGGCUUUUGUCAACAAACCCAUCAACCAGGUGACCCUGACCAGUUUGGACAUACCCUUUGCCAUGUUUGCUCCCAAGAAUUUAGAGCUGGAGGGUGCUGAUCCCAUGGUGAACCCUCCGGAUUCCCCAGAGACGGAAUCUCCUCUCCAGGGCAGCCUGCACUCUGAUGGCUCCAGCGGGGGCAGCAGCGGCAAUACCCACGACGACUUUGUUAUGAUCGACCUCAAACCGGCGUUUUCUAAAGAUGAUAUUCUUCCAAUGGACUUGGGAACCUUCUAUCGUGAAUUUCAGAACCCCCCUCAGCUGAGCAGCCUUUCCAUCGAUAUCGGGGCACAGUCCAUGGCUGAGGACUUGGACUCACUACCAGAGAAGCUGGCUGUGCACGAGAAGAAUGUCCGAGAAUUUGAUGCCUUUGUAGAAACCCUGCAGUAAAAGUUGGUGUCCUCGAGUACCAGCAGCAUCCCCUUUUUGUGGUCCCAGGCGACAGACAGCCUCCCACUCAUCAGCUGCUCCCAUCCCUCGUCCUGCUCCCAGCCAGGUGGAGGGGAGGCUGGUUUCCCCCAUGGGGACCCAGAGGUUCCUGCUCUUGCAUCUCCUGGAGACGCCAUGGCAGCAGUCAAACCCAGUGAUAGCACUUGCGAGGACUCACCCUCUGGCUUGGAGAUGGGAAGACCCUUUUGUAAAAAAAGGGCCGUCUGCUUCCACCGCCCAUCGGCAACUGCUUCACAAAGGCUGUCAUGUUCUUCCCCUGCUGGCCCUGGGCCCUGGGUCCACCCUGCAGCUGGCCCCUUGCCUGCCUGCCAUUACCACCAACCAUUUGACAUUCCAGCUGGUGGCCCAGAGUCUGGUGUGGAGGCAGAAAGAGGAAGGAGACCGUGCUGGGAGGAAGAAUGAAGGGCUCCUUCCAGCUCUCUGUUGUCCUUUAGUUCUGGUAUCUUCUUCCUCUCGCUCCCCCUCCCUCCGCCCCUGUGGCUAUACUUUUGGCAAUAUGGCAGGCCUCUUGCCCAAGACGAUGAGAACUCCAAAGUCAGCCAGCCCCUCCCUUGACAGAGGGUCUGAGCAGCCCUGGUGGCUGCCUGUGCUCGCUCCUCAGCUACACGGAAACAAGCCCGUGUCCCUAUGAUUGGGAGUCACAGCAAACGUUCUUGUCUUUCCUCCUUUCCCCUUUUGCUGCUCCUUGGUUAUAGAACAUGGUAAAUAUUUAUUACAUUCAGAGAAGUCAGAUAUUUUAUAGAGAAAAUAUGUUUGAAGUUAGAUGUUCUCACUUAGGGAAGGUGGAGGGCCCCUUCCUGGGGCAGGACCUCCCCUCCUGCGGAGGCUCCUCAGAUUCCAGGUUGCUGCUCUGGGGAUCUUCCUUCCCAUAUGUAUAAAGUGGGAGCCAAGAACAGGGCUGGCUGAGGGCAACAGAACCUCCCAGACACAGCGUUUGAACUGACAACAGGGGUUACCUUGGCCACCUGCACAGUCCUGGUGAGCGCCUUGGGUCUCUCACAGCUUCUGCAGUGACUGUUCUGGCAGCCCAGGAAGCCUUGGGUGCUAACCAUGAUGACUUCCAGAGUCGUGCCACAUAGCGUGCCCAUGGGGCAUUGUGUGUGCCCCGGUGGGCCUGGGGAAGGCCAGACAGCUUCCCUCCUUCUGGGGCACGUGUCCUGUUUCUCAGGGCUGGGUCAUGGGCCUUGUCCUCCUUCCACCUGGGCCUGGCCACCACCUGUCUUUAAUCCCAGGGUCUGUACAUUACUCUGAGGUUUACUCGUUGCGUUGAUUCCUUGUUGAGAAACUAAAGCUGGGCAUAUGAACAACAACCUUUCAGGAGUUGUUACUUGAGUAAGUCAAGUGCCUAGCCGGUAGUCCUGGCCAUGGGAAACUAGGCCUGCCCCACUCCUCCCGGCCCACCUGGCGUAUUCACUGGCAGCAGCUGUCCUGCAGUGGAGCACGUGGCCCUCGGUUGCUUGUUAGUAAAUGCAUGUGACAUUGUUCCCACCUGCAAGGCUGAUCUCUGCGGCUGGAUUGGGCUCCGAUGCUGUCUCAGUUAGGCUGAGUCCUGCCCCUGUGCAUGCAUUCUGCUGCCACAAAGACGUGUUCCCAGCAGGGCGGUCCAACUGGCCGUCCUAUCUUUGUGCCAGAGCACCCCCACGGCCCGCUAAAUCAACUCACAUUACCCCCAGGCUCGAGCGCUGAGAAGGGUGGAGGCCCGUUGUAAGGUAUUGUCUCCCCAGCCCUGCACCUGGUCCUGCUGUCUCAGCCGGACCUCCUUUUGAGGCCACACAUGGAAAAGCCUGUUAGCCAUUGUCCUCUUUGACUUCUAAUUGUUGGCCUGUGCAGGCAGCAGCCUUUCUUCAGGACCCCAUCAGUGAGAGGCCAGGGAGGCUGAGCUGAAGCUGGGAGGAGCAGAGCAAUUGUCAAGGCCGGCCCUUGCCCCUCAGCCCUGUCUGAUAAAAGGUAUGAGCCCUAGACUGACUCUAACGCCCUGAGACAGGACUGGGACCCGUCAUCUGUCUGCAGGUGGCCGAGUCCCCUCCUCCAGCCUACCUUGUUUGGAAAUACUGAAUUAUACUUUAAAAUGUAUUCAAGAGAUUUCCAAUAAAAUUUUUUCUGUACUUUA